GCGUUCACAACGACUAGCCGCCGCGCUCAGUUCGAGACGGUAUCGCCAGACAGCCGGAGGUAGCUGCAGAGAGAGCGAGCCAGCGCUGUCUCAAGAGGGCCUGUUUACAAGCUGUGAUCCGAGGAAUCCGAGAAUCAACAACACGUGUGCGCGACGAUUUGUCUGUGUGGUACGGAAUGGCUGGCUUAAUCCAACGACAUGGUCCAGCUUUGGCGCUCCUGCUUCGCUCGAAAAGGAUACAAUUUACCCGCAAGGUGCUUUCCCUCUCACAGUUUCACACCAGUGCUCAACUUGAGAGGAUAGUCUCGUUCAACCUGUCCGACAUCGGCGAGGGUAUCCGGGAAGUUACCGUCAAGGAGUGGUACGUGAAGCAGGGUGACGUUGUCGAGCAGUUCGACAAUCUUUGCGAGGUACAAAGCGACAAGGCUUCCGUCACCAUCACAAGUCGUUACGAUGGUAAGAUCGCAAAGCUGCACAAACUUGUAGAUGAAAUUGCUUUGGUCGGCAAACCACUGCUGGACUUCGAUGUUGAAGAUGAAAAAGACAGUGAUGAGGGGAGCAGUUCAGAUGAAGAAGAAGAAAAACAGGUCCAAGCGGUAGCAACGGCGGAAGCACAAAUCGCCGGGGAUGCAGCCUCUGUGAUUAGAAGUGGAAAGGUGUUAGCCACCCCAGCUGUUAGAAGAAUCGCAAUGGAGAACAAAGUUGAUCUGCUGAAGGUGAAGCCUUCGGGAAAGAACAAACGAGUUUUGAAGGAAGACCUCCUGGAAUAUUUGAAGCUCAUUCCCGAAGGAACCGUGAAGCCACAUCCAACUUUGGCACAAAAAGAGCCCGUUUCCAAAACUACGACACAACAGGAAACCGUAGUACCGCUGAAAGGAAUCGCAAAGGCCAUGGUGAAAUCAAUGACAGAAUCUCUGAAAAUUCCACAUUUUGCAUACAGCGACGAGAUUGAUGUGUCCCAAUUGGUACAGCUCCGGGACGCGCUCAAAGCAGAAGCCCUGGCCCAGGGAGUGAAGCUGACUUAUAUGCCUUUCUUUGUGAAGGCCGCUUCCAAUGCCCUCAAGCAGUUCCCCAUCAUAAACAGCUCCUUCGACGAGGCCAACGAAUGUUUAAUUUACAAGUCGUACCACAACAUCAGCAUCGCAAUGCAUACCCCGCAGGGUCUGGUUGUACCUAACGUCAAGAACGUUGAGCAGAAAACAAUUCUGGAAAUUGCAGCCGAUAUGAAUGCCCUGCAGGAUCGGGGCGCCAAAGGCGCUCUCACACCAGAUGAUUUUCUCAAUGGAACAUUUUCGCUGUCCAACAUAGGAAUCGUCGGCGGAACCUACACGCACCCCUGCAUCAUGCCCCCACAGGUCGCAAUUGGUGCUAUCGGGAAAACUAAGCUGCUGCCCCGAUUUGAUGCCUCGGGAAGCGUGAUCGCGGCGCACAUCAUGAACGUCAGCUGGUCGGCCGACCACCGGGUAAUCGAUGGAGUGACUAUGGCCAGCUUCUCGAACGCGUGGAAGAAACUGCUUGAAAAUCCCCAACUUUUUCUGCUGACAGCAAAAUAACAACGCGUCGUGCCAUAAUUGAACGAUGAAAACGCAACACGCUUGCAUUUGGAGAAGAUGAUUAGUCCUAGACUAUUACCACUAUUGCAUUUAUUAAGUGAUAUACAGAGAGAUAUUAUAACGCACUUUUAGAUUAUUUUAAUUUGUAUAUACGGGGAAAUAUACUGAUUGCACACCGAU